AUGGAGCCCACCAAAGUCCAGUCAGAGGGUGGCCUCAAUGUCACCCUUACCAUCCGCCUCCUAAUGCAUGGAAAAGAGGUUGGAAGCAUAAUUGGAAAGAAAGGGGAAACUGUUAAAAAGAUGCGAGAAGAGAGCGGAGCACGAAUCAAUAUUUCUGAGGGCAACUGUCCAGAGAGGAUUGUCACCAUCACUGGACCAACAGACACCAUCUUCAAGGCUUUUGCUAUGAUUGCCUACAAAUUUGAGGAGGACAUAAUCAAUUCCAUGAGCAACAGCCCAGCCACGAGCAAGCCCCCAGUCACCUUAAGGCUCGUAGUACCAGCCAGCCAGUGUGGCUCCCUCAUAGGAAAAGGAGGCUCAAAAAUCAAAGAAAUGAGAGAGUCCACAGGCGCCCAGGUCCAGGUGGCAGGGGACAUGCUGCCCAACUCCACAGAACGUGCAGUGACAAUCUCUGGGACCCCAGAAGCCAUCAUCCAGUGUGUCAAACAAAUCUGUGUGGUCAUGCUGGAGUCUCCACCAAAAGGUGCCACCAUCCCUUAUCGCCCGAAGCCCGCCUCCACCCCGGUCAUUUUUUCUGGUGGCCAGGCCUACACAAUUCAGGGACAAUACGCCAUACCGCACCCGGAUCAGUUGACCAAGCUCCACCAGUUGGCUAUGCAGCAAACCCCCUUUACCCCUCUCGGACAGACCACCCCUGCUUUCCCUGGACACAAAGUAACAUUAUAUAUUCAGAUUUCCUGUCUUAUCCCAUUGCUCCCCAAUCCAGGUUUGGAUGCCAGUCCACCAGCCAGCACCCAUGAACUCACCAUUCCCAAUGAUCUAAUAGGCUGCAUUAUUGGACGCCAGGGAACCAAAAUAAAUGAGAUUCGACAGAUGUCUGGGGCGCAGAUCAAAAUCGCCAACGCCAUGGAGGGCUCGUCAGAGCGCCAGAUCACCAUCACAGGGACCCCUGCUAACAUCAGCCUGGCCCAGUAUCUCAUCAAUGCCAGGCUGACGUCUGAAGUCACUGGAAUGGGCACACUCUAA